CCAGCACGACUCACUCCGCAAACCUUUCCCCACGCCCCACGAACACAACCCCUCAAUCACAAUGUCGAUGUACCUUGAAGCAGAAGCAUCUACCAGAUACUACAUGAAACCCCGCUGUCCAUACUCCGCGCCUUCCCGACGCCAUUUCUCAAGGAUCAUCUCGACUACGAAACAACCCAAAUUCGGAUCCCCCACCAGCGUUAGAACCGUCUCGAUGACAUUGGCCGCCACAAACACUGCCGAUCAUUCGAUGAAGACAAAGCCACUCGGCUUUCGAUCAUUGCGAGUGCAAAAAUAGGACUUGCCGUCAUGGACGCAAUGCUAGUCCUGAGUCCCAAUACCACUGUUAUCGAUUUGCAUGUGCCUCCGACCC